AUGGAUGCGAGCCUUCGGGGCUGGGGAGCAGUCACUCAAGAAGUGACCUUCCAAGGACGGUGGUCAAGCCUGGAGGCCGGCCUGUCCAUCAACAUUCUGGAACUGAGAGCCAUCUACAUCGGUCUUCAGGCGGCCCCUCUUCUAAGAAAUCGGGCCAUUCAAGUGCAGUUGGACAACAAGAAGUUGGCAAUGUUGCCAGAAGUUCAGACAUUCCUGCAAGGGAUACUUGCCACCAACGGCACCCUGGGAUUUGAAUGUGGAGAGAGAUAUCAGUGCUCCGAGUGUGACAAACGCUUCAAAUGUAAAUCAGAGCUUCUCAGACAUGAGAGGAGUCACACAGGAGAGAGACCAUUUACAUGUUCUGAGUGCAGAAAAUGGUUUACCUCCAAGCGACAACUUGUCAAACAUGGGAAGUGUCACACGGCAGAGAGACCAUAUAAAUGUUCAGAAUGCAGCAAAUGUUUUUGUGGGAAGUCACAACUUGUUACACAUGAGAGGAUUCACACAGGAGAGAAACCAUUUAAAUGCUCUGAAUGCAGCAAAUGUUUUUCUAACAAGCCGAACCUUGUUAAACAUCAGAGGAGUCACACAGGAGAGAAACCGUAUAAAUGCUCCGAAUGCAGCAAGUGUUUUUCCGAUACGUCACAACUUCUCAGUCAUCAGAGGAUUCACACAGGAGAGAAACCAUUUAAAUGCUCUGAAUGUAGUAAGUCUUUUUCCCGUAAGUCACAUCUUCUCGGUCAUCAGAUGAUUCACACAGGACAGAAACCAUUUAAAUGCUCUGAAUGUAGUAAGUGUUUUUCCCAUAAGUCAAAUCUAGUCAGACAUCAGAUUAUUCACACAGGAGAGAAAUUAUUUAAAUGCGCUGAAUGCAGCAAGGGUUUUUCUGAUAACUCCCAUCUAGUCAGACAUCAGAGGAUUCACACAGGAGAGAAGCCAUUUAAAUGCUCUGAGUGCAGCAAAGGUUUUUCUUCAAAGGAACAACUUGUCGGACAUCAGAUGAUUCACACAGGAGAGAAACCAUUUAAAUGCUCUGAAUGUAGCAAGUGUUUUAUCUCCAAGCAAAAACUGGUUAUACAUCAGAGGAGUCACACAGGAGAGAAACCAUUUAAAUGCUCUGAAUGUAGCAAGUAUAUUUCUUCCAAGCGACAACUUGUUAUGCAUCAGAUGAUUCACACAGGAGAGAAACCAUUUAAAUGCUCUGAAUGUAGCAAGUGUUUUAUCUCCAAGCAAAAUCUGGUUAUGCAUCAGAUGAGUCACACAGGAGAGAAACCAUUUAAAUGCUCUGAAUGUAGCAAGUGUUUCUCUAUCUCUUUUUCCCGUAAGUCAUAUCUUCUCAGUCAUCAGAUGAUUCACACAGGAGAGAAACCAUUUAAAUGCUCUGAAUGUAGUAAGUGUUUUUCCCAUAAGUCAAAUCUAGUCAGUCAUCAGAUUAUUCACACAGGAGAGAAACCGUUUAAAUGCUCUGAAUGUAGCAAGUGUUUUUCCUAUCAGUCACAAUUUCUCAGUCAUCAGAUGAGUCACACUGUAGAGAAACCAUUUAAAUGCUCUGAAUGUAGCAGGUGUUUUACCUCCAAGCAAAAUCUGGUAAUACAUCAAAGGAGUCACACAGGAGAGAAACCAUUUAAAUGCCCUGAAUGUAGCAAGUGUUUUUCCCAUAAGCAAUAUCUUCUCCGUCAUCAGAGGAUUCACACCGGAGAGAAACCAUUUAAAUGCUCUGAAUGUAGCAAGUGUUUUUCCAAUAAGCAUUAUCUUCUCAUUCAUCAGAGGAUUCACACCGGAGAGAAACCGUUUACAUGCUCUGAAUGUAGCAAGUGUUUUUCCUCCAAGCAACAACUUGUUAUACAUCAGAGGAUUCACACAGGAGAGAAACCGUUUACAUGCUCUGAAUGUAGCAAGUGUUUUACCUCCAAGCAACAACUUGUUAUACAUCAGAGGAUUCACACAGGAGAGGAACCAUUUAAAUGCUCUGAAUGUAGCAAGUGUUUUACCUCCAAGCUGCUCCUUGUUAUACAUCAGAGGAGUCACACAGGAGAGAAACCUUAUAAAUGCUCUGAAUGUAGCAAGUGUUUUAUCUCCAAGAGAACACUUGCUAUACAUCAUAGGAUUCACACAGGAGAGAAAUAUAUACAGAUCCAGGAAAAGUAA